AUGGUUUUCUUCUGCUGGGCUAAGCCAUCACUUCAAGAACAGAAGGAUUGUCUAAACAAGUCAAGUGGCUUUAAUUAUGAUUCUAAGUAUAGGGGAGCUUCUGCUAAGCCUGCUUCUUCUCUCAAAGAAGACAACGAGCUUUCAAAAGAUGGUUUCUUGAUUAACCAUGCUCGUGUUUUAGUUGGUUCUGGUCUUGGUACUUAUGAGAAGGGCAGGUUGGCUCUUGAAAAUUGGAGGCAUUUUGCGUUUGAUUGGGGAUUUGUUGAUCCGAAGACUUCAAUUCAAAGUGGGGUGAAAUUUUGUGUUUGCGUCAAGGAGUUUUUGCCUUGGGUUAUGAUGCCUCUUCAGGUUAUUUAUGUGAAUGAAAGUAGGAAUUCUAAGAAGGAUGUGGCUUCGUUUUGUUUCAGUGGUGGUACCCUUCAAGGUCACUUGCUGGCUGGGGAAGAGCGUUUUUCAAUUGAAAUGGAUGAGAAGAAUCAAGUGUGGUACGAGAUACUUUCCUUCUCAAAGCCUGCUCACUUUCUGUCAUUUAUCGGGUAUCCAUAUGUUCAACUUAGGCAAAAGUUCUUUGUUCAUCAGUCUAGCAAGGCCGUUAUAAAACAUGUGACUGCUUCGUAA